GACAUGUUGUCACCUUCAUGUCGUCACACUGUGCUGUCACAGUUUGUACAAACGGUCCGGUACACACGGUACAGCCAGGGUAACUCCCGCCGGCCGCGGGCUCCGGUCUCUCGGUGCUGCCUUCACCGCUCAAACCCUCCGUUACUCGGCCGAGGUUAAAGUGGGAAGAGCGGAAGGAGGAGGGAGGAGGAGGAGGAAGAGGAAGAUCCUGCCUUCCGUCAGACGGAGUUCAGACACUUUGAGAAAACUUUUUUUUUUUACCAAACUUUCUGUGAUGUUUGUGUAAAAAGCUCCGCAGCCUCGCGCCGCGGUCAGGACACACAGCGAGGCCGGCGGGCUGCAGCGAGCCGCGGGGUGACAUGUCGGAAGGAUCCGGGGCUCCGGGGCCGUCUGGAUGUGACUGAAGACAGGAGGAUGGAGGAAGAGAAAGAGACGUCCGAGGAGAAGGAGGAGGAGGAGGAGGAGGAAGAGCUUCAUCAUCAUCACAUUGCAGCAGCAGCGGCGGCGUCCUCCGUGGACUACCAGGGCCUUCCCAUCAUGCACUGGGAGGACCUGAGCCAGCGGAUAGCAGAGCUGGAGAAACAGGAGCAGGAGAGGAGGGAGAGGUCAAAGAGGGGGACGGGGCUGAGGAUGGAGGACGGUCGGGGGGGAGUGUGGAGAGACAUGUGGGAGGAAGAGGACGAAGACUUCAGGAGGUGUCGAGUCUCCGUCGUCACGUCACGAUUUCACAACCACAGAAACCUGCAGCUGUGCUUCAUCAACAACAGCGACAGCGAAGACGAGGACGAAGGAACCAACAAAAAGGUUUCCAUGGGAACGGGGCACAAUGGUUGCCAUGCCACCGGGCUGAAACAGGAAGUGGCCACGGCUCUGAGGACACUGCGAGACAAACUGCUGGCUGAACAGAGAGAGAAGGAGCGUCUGGCCGGCAGCAGCUGUGUCACUGAGAGGAAACAUCUGGAGCAUUGGGAGCUGCAGGAGCGUUCAGUGCAGCAGCUCAACAGCCUGAAAGCAUCACUGCAACAGGAAGUCCACGCCCUGAGCUCGGAGCUGGUGGCCCACCUGUUGGUACGAGACCAGCUGAGGACGAAGCAGGACGCCAUGCUGCUGGAUGUCCAGGACCUGACCUAACACCGUGACCACAGACUUGGGCAUUGUGGGACCAAGCUGGACCACUCGUCUACGUCAGCCCAGGUGUCACUAACUUCAACUUAACGUCCGCUGAGCUGCUACUUUAUUUAAAUCUCCAGCGUAUAGGACAAUACGACUGGAUGGUCAGGUUCAAAGGAAACUGAAUCACCUGGAAACCUUAAAGGUGGUACAGCGUCGCUUUGAGGUCAAAUUGACAGACUUCAGACUAACAGACAGGAAGUGACAUCAUUACACGUCCAAAGGAAACAUGAGUCGGUACACGGCAGCAGGUCUAUAUGUAACGACGAGCAGGUGCAAUCUCGAAAGUCACAGUUUGAACUCAACAAAAGAUCAAAGAUUUCAGUGGAUCAAAGCCAAAUCCAAAUCUCCAAUCAGCUGCAGGCUGGUGAGGACAAACCAGCCAGGACGACAAGGCCUGUAAAACAUUUGGAGGAAAGACAAACACACGCCAGCUCCUGGAUUCUGUCGUAAUUUCUCCAAAACUUUUGAUCCAUGUCGUGGUUUUUGGACGACCCAUCAAUAAACUCAGGAUCUGUUUUCAAAUUUGGGUCCAGUUUCAGUCGUGUUGUUCCUGGAAACGUCCUCCCUGAUGACACCAGGAUACACAAGAAAUUUAAGCUAAAGAUGAGGGGUAGUAGACAGGGUGGCCAGUUUUCAUGCAUGGAUUAGCAGAUGACAUUUUCUCGCCCACGAAUAGGAAGCAGAUAAUAGAUGGAUGGUUUUAUAAUGCUAACAAACAAAGAGGGAGUAACAUAAUUCGAAGAUGUGACGGGCUGAUAUAACGUGUUACAGGUUAAAAAACAAUCACUGAACGACUAUCUUAAGUUUUUAAAGAUGGUGGUGUGAUCGAAUCGUGAAUCACAAGGCCCUGGAAACCUUUUUCCUCCAUCAGCUUCUUACUAUAAACAACACCAUCACGGACAUAUUUCCUGCUGCAGUUUGUUGAUAUAAUAUUCGAUAAACCGAAAUAUAACAACUCAUUUGACCGAUAAUCAACGUAUCCACUUUUUCUCCGCCUAAUUUUAGUGAUCAUCAAGUCUCCUCUGUAGUGGAAUUAUUAUCAUAUUAUACAUGUAUACUCUUAUGGUGACGGCCCAGCAGCAGAUGGAGACAUGAAACACUGUUCGGUGUCUGUAAUAUUCAUUCUUUGUGCUAAGUAAGUAAAAGCAUGUUGGCUGAUACCGAUAAUGUGCCGAUAUUAUCGUACAUCCCUACAAAAAUUACCUCAAUAUUCCGUCCUGUGUGCUGCAGUCAGCUCCCGAGGAUGGACGGCCUGGGAUGUGGGCGGCUUGCUGGUGGAUUUAAGAAUCGGAGGAUGAAGUUGUUGGAGGGUAAAACUACAAACAAUGAACAUUUUGGCUCGUCAGGGGUUGGUAAGCUAACGACUAUCAGAACUAUCAGAACUGAGCCUCUUUCACUCCACGCCAAUAUCGACUGAUACCGAUGGCGUGCCGAUAUUAUUGUGCAGCCCUUACAUACAUAUAUAUAUAUAUAGAGAGAGAGAGAGAGAGAGAGAGGGAGAGAGAGAUGGAAGAAAAAUUAAGAUGUCAAAGCAGGUUUUCAGGGAUUUAAGAUGGAGACUGUUCUGACGGCCCAAAAUUCAGAAACCACAUUGAGACCGAGGACCCAUUUCUCAAACAGCCUCUUAUCCCAGAAACAAAUCCCCGUCUUUACGUAGUCUCAUUUCUUCGUACAUGUACGCUGCCUGCAGUUAGACAAGCUAAUUACCAUAAAACAUUUUUUUAGCAUUGUAUGUUUCUGUAAAACAUGAAUACAUUACGUUUGUCAACAGCACUGUGGUUAAUUAGUGGUUGUGUUUAGGCACAAAAACCACCUGGUUAUGUUUAGGAAAAGGUCACGUUUUGACUUAAAAUACCCACGUUAGGUGGCACAAAAGUUGCUGGAAAAGCAAGGAUGGGUCGGUGGAAAACAAACGGGAUCGUUUGCUCAAAUGCUGCUGAGAAACUGAAACCAACUGUUUAUUUUCGGAGAAACUGAACUGGAUAUUUGGUUUUGUUACAAUGGACUGUUGGAGAAAUGGGCUUUUGGUCCAGCGGAACAUUUUAUAAACUGAUGGGGUAGUAAAAAUGAUAGAGCAUAGUAUCACAAUAUUUUGCGUGGUAAUAUCAUAUCAUCACACAGUACCAAGUAUCAGUUUUGUCAUUCUAUAAAUUAUUAAUAUUACAAAUAGAAAUUAAACUUAAGGUAUCCUACUCGAGUACAAUAUAAUCGAUUGCUUUAUUAGUCCACUAGAUACAUUUUGCUGCAAAUAUAAUGUCUGAAGUGAGAUGAAGUUUUCUUUUGGGGACAUAAUUUACAGUUAAAAAAAGGUAAUAAAACACAAUGUAUUCUAUCUUAAUACUCAGCAUAU